AGUCUGUCACGUGACGAGCGUCCAGUUUGCGUUGAUAAACACGGAAGUGGGACUGAAAUGUGAAAACAAAUCUUUGCCGCAUUGCCUCACAAAGUGUUAUGACACAGUCGUUACCGAUUCUUUUUAAAACGCGCAUAAUCUUAGUUUACGCGAUUUCUGCUGUUAUUUUGAAUUAACCGUAAUUAUUUAUAGUUCUGCUGUAGAGUAGAUUAGCACAAUGAAGAACUGUAUUGCUGCUGUGAUAACACUGUGCAUUGUAAUGCAGGUGAAUGACGCUUUGGAUUUCGAGAAAACGCGCACGGCAUAUUCUGCAAAGAUCUUUGGGUUCUCAUGGGAGAACUGCGGUAAGCCAGACGACCCAGCGGUUCUGAAGACCCUGACCCUGUCCCCGGACCCCAUCACAGUUCCAGGGGACCUAACGGCCAGUGCAUCCGGGAACACAACGGUCGAGCUGGCCGCUCCCCUCGCUGUGAAUGUGACCCUGGAGAAGGAGGUGGCAGGGUUCUGGGUCACGGUCCCAUGUCUGGAAGAGAUAGGGAGCUGCCAUUACACAGACGGCUGUGACCUGCUCAACUUGCUGAUACCACCAGGACAGGACUGUCCUGAACCUCUUCACACCUACGGCAUCCCCUGCCACUGUCCCUUUAAAGCUAGAAAGAGCAAAGUGAAAGAGGAAGAGAAGACGGUGAAGGAGGUCAACAACAGUCAAGAUGGAGGAGGAGGUAAAGUCCCUCUGGAGGAGCUGAACGUGGGUCUAGAAGCAGAGAAGCAGCUGGGUCAGUAUGAGUGGCAGCUGAAGAUCCUACGGGAGGUGCUGUCUGCCUCUGGGACCCAGGAGAGGGAGGAGCUACUAAAAGACCCAACCCAAGGAGAGCUCUGUGCCCUGGUCCACAACAUCAUAGAGAAGGUGGAAACAGAGACGGCUGCUGACAUGACUGUUCUCUACGUGGAGAAGAGCCAGAGGACCGCAGAGCAGCACGCGAGACAGCUGGAAGAACGGCAGAGGAGACAGAGUGAAGAGAGAAAACGGCUAACAGAGACACACCAGGCAGCAGAGAAAGUGUUGAAGGAGGAGGUAGAGGAGCUGACUACAGAGCUACACGUGUACAAUCAGUUAAAGAAGAGAGUUGACGAGUCUACCUUCAAGAAGGACCUGCAGCGGAACAUUCAGGCCCAUGGCAGUCCUGGGCCAUUCUGGGAGCAGGAGCAGGAGAGUCUGCUGUUUGUCAUUGAGAUGAAGAGUGAACGUAUUCAGGAGCAGGGAAACAAACUGCUACAGAUGCAGGUUCUGGUGGAGAAGAAUCUGUCUCUGGAAGACCAGGUCAUAACUGUUUUACAGCAGAACGAGGACCUGACGGUUCGGAUUGACAACCAUCAAAGCCUUAUACAGCAGCUCUCCAAGGAGCACCAGGACCUCCAAGGGACGUUAGACAGGCAGGCAGGUCUCUGUCAGAGGCUCACCCAGGAGAAAGAGCAACUCAUGUUUAAACUGAAGCACAGAGACUCCUGUCCUACCUUCCCAUCCUUCCCCAUAGUGUCUGAGAUCUCCCCCAGCUGAUCCACCCAGACCGAACAGGACAAUCGAUUACUUCUGUCUUAAUCCUGUCCAGGGUUGCAAGCAGGGAUCUGUUAACUUUCCCAAAAUUCAAAAAUAUUUUUUUUCAGUAAUCCCUGAUUGGAGGAUUCCAAGAAUCAGGAAGUAAUAUACACGGAGGGAUUUCUCCAACCUGGAAUUUUUCAAGUGAAAUUUCUGAAAAAUCUGGGGAUUGUGGGAACGUUUCGGGGCUUUUGCAACCCUACUGUAAUCCUACUUUGACAACCAAAGUCCAGGUACCUUUACAAAGGGCUAUAGUCACAUGUUUGAUGGAACCUGAUGCCAAAAAAAUUGUUUUAAAGGUUUUAUACCUGCUGUGCCGUAGAGUACAUAAUGUUUCUGUAGCAGUAUGGUAUUCAUACAACAGGACUGUUUUUUUUUUUACUGUUGGACUUAACUGACACCCUGCUGUUCAACUGAGAUUCUCAUAGUUGUGUUACUGUUCAACUGAUAUUAUAGGUGAAUGUGACAGUGUUCACUUUGAUGGUUUGAAUUGCAGUUGGAGAGGCAGAUGUUUAAUCAUGUAGCACGUAGCUAGUAGCUACAUCUUUAUUUAUCUACCUUCUCCCUGAGACACUAUUACGACGUCUGUCAAAGUUUUACGUCACUGAAUAAGGAGUAAAUGUUACAGGAUAUAAUGCAGUGUAUAUACAAUUUAAACAGUAACUUUAGACAGUUUUUGUAUUAUAUGUUUGACUUUUUUGUUUCAUACAGUAUGGGAAAUGGAUUGCCAUGGUUGUUUUAUUUUUGCAGAUGAGGACAUUUGUGACUUUUUUUUUUUUAAAGUUACAAAGAACCAAAAGCACUUCUCAGUGUUUUUAAUUUGUAUUUCUUCUGAUGCACUAGCACUUUUAAUCAGUAUUUUACUAGUACUAAAUGUGAGAAAGGUUGCUGUAAAAAAAAGUUUUUUACUCUUGUUUACUCCUGUGUUUUACAUUUUUGUUUGUUUACAUUGACAUUUGAAUAAUUUAGCCAACUCCUUUAUCCACAAAGGCAGCGGAUAGAUCUAGGAGGAGAGAGAGAGCUUGAGUUACAAUAAACAUCUGCAUCUGAACCACUGUA